CGUGCGCACGCGCGCUGUCCCCCGGAGGCGUCUGGGUGUGCGGAGCGCGCGCGCGCGCGGCUCGGAGGCGCACCUGUGAGGUGUCCCUAGAGGAGAGGGAGGGUGGGUGCGCGGAGCCCGCGGCCUGGGGCGCUCCAACCCCUCACUUCUAGGCGCCCGGCGUCCCGGCGGAGCCCGACGAGCAUCCUGCGCAGGUGAUGAGGGGCCCCUGGCGCCCCCGGCGCGGAACGCAGCCGCCGCUGGACGCCUCCAUUGUUUGACCGCCGCCCGGGCCGAGUCUCAGCCAGACCUGCACAGCCGAGGACUCCUCUCUCUGGGAGACACGGGCGUCUUUCUCAAGCCAGAAAAGGGGCCUGGAGUGCUGCCUCCGCAGGGCACCGUCCUCAGGGAGGGGCCACCGCCUGGGGCCGCGGAGCGCGCUUCCUGGCCGGCUCGCUCCUGCCCGGCGCCUCGGAGGUGGAGUGUCGUCCUGACCCUGCAGGGGAGCCCGCGGGGGCGGAGACCAGCACGGAGCGCCCCGCCCUCUGCUGCAAGGGACGCUGCGCGGUCGUGUCUCCGCAAGUGAGAAGGACGAGGCCGCUGCACUAGAGGACGGUUCCAAGGGCUUAAAAACGCAAAGUUCCGCACCUCGAGAGCCCCUGGAAUGCUGACAGCUCAGGACUCACAAGGAAGUUCUGUGUUGAUGAGUUCCGGGGUUCACGUGGGAGUGGAGGCCGCUGUGUAGCCGACAGCAGCGCUGGGUGAGGAGCACUAUGCAGGAGGACCCCUUCCGUGGGCAGGCAGGCAGGCAGGCGCGCAGGCCGGCCGCGAACCUCCCGGCGCGGGCAGGCCUGAGAUAGGCCGCCGGCAUGGCCGCCUGAGAGACUCGGUGCCCCGCCGCCCCGUACCUGCCGCGCUCGUGGGCAGCUUCUCCUCUGGGCCCCGGCACCAAACGGGAAAAAUGAUCUACAAGUGCCCCAUGUGCAGGGAGUUUUUCUCUGAGAGAGCAGACCUUUUCAUGCAUCAGAAAGUGCACACGGCCGAGAAGCCCCAUAAGUGUGACAAGUGUGACAAGGGCUUCUUUCACAUAUCAGAGCUUCACAUCCACUGGAGGGACCACACGGGGGAGAAGGCCUACAAGUGUGAUGACUGCGGUAAGGACUUUAGCACCACGACCAAACUGAACAGGCAUAAGAAAAUCCACACGGUAGAAAAGCCCUAUAAGUGCUAUGAGUGUGGCAAAGCCUUCAACUGGAGCUCACACCUUCAGAUUCACAUGAGAGUUCACACAGGCGAGAAGCCCUAUGUCUGUAGCGAGUGUGGGAGGGGCUUUAGUAACAGCUCAAACCUCUGCAUGCAUCAGCGAGUCCACACCGGGGAGAAGCCCUUCAAAUGUGAGGAGUGCGGGAAGGCCUUCAGGCAUACUUCCAGCCUCUGCAUGCAUCAGAGGGUCCACACCGGGGAGAAGCCCUAUAAAUGUUACGAGUGUGGGAAGGCCUUCAGCCAGAGCUCGAGCCUCUGCAUCCACCAGAGGGUGCACACCGGGGAGAAGCCCUACAGAUGUUGUGGGUGUGGGAAGGCCUUCAGCCAGAGCUCCAGCCUCUGCAUCCACCAGAGAGUGCACACUGGGGAGAAGCCUUUUAAAUGCGAUGAGUGUGGGAAGGCCUUCAGUCAGAGCACCAGCCUCUGCAUCCACCAGCGAGUGCACACAAAGGAGAGAAACCAUCUCAAAAUAUCAGUUAUAUAGAGCAUUUUGCUAACAGUUAGAAAUCUUAAAACCCAUAAGUGCCACUAGGAAGGAAACCCUGUAAAUACCUGCAUUGACUCAAGAAGUUUUUACAGCCAGCCCUAGCAGAGCGUUCUUUUGAGGCUGACUUUUGUGAUCCUCGCCAAGUGUGUCCCACCACUUGGCCUCGAAUCUGGAGUCCCUCUGGCUGUCUGCCCGACACGGGCUGUGAGGUCCCAGCGCAACACCCACCGCAGCAGCGUGGGUCUGCGUCUCCCGGGAUUCCAGCUGACACCUCAGUCCUUGCGUACUGCGCAGGGAGCCGAGGUCCUGGCCAGGCCUCCUGCGUCACCCGCACCCAGCAGCUGCCCCGGGGACCCCCCUCGGGAGCUCACAGCCCCUCUUGGUUCAGGCGUGCCCAUCCACGCGUCUCACACACACAGCUCCCGGCGAGACCGUGCUCCGGCAUUUCGGAGGCUCCCCUCAGUUCGGCCCCCACGCAGGUCCCGUCAUUUUGGGACCUGCUUGGCCUGUAUGUCCUCAGAGCACCCAUGAAGACCCGCCCCUUCCUAGAUGGCCUUGAAUUCCAUUCUAGAGUUUAGGUUACAAUUCCCGUUGGCCUGUUGGAGGAACUGUUGGCAGACACGCCUGUCCUUGAACUUUUUUUAAAAUUUUGUGGAUUCUGCUAAUCACUGCGUCUCUGUUAGACUUACUUUUUUAGUGGCUAUGUCACAUUUUUCACUUGAAAAAUUUUUUUUUUUUUUUGAAAUAGCUCA